AUGAGAAUGCAGGUAACUAUCUCAUGUGAGGCAACCAUAAGGACCCAGGUGUACCACCUCUAUAAAGAGGGAAGCCUCCAUCCCUGGCUCACAUGGUACGCACCAGAGCCUCACAACAGGGCUGAGUUCAUCAUCUCACCCAUUAAACAGAACCAUGCAGGGAAAUACCGCUGUUAUCAUCAGACCCCUGCUGGCUGGUCAGAGAAGAGUGACCCCCUGGAGCUGGUGGUGGCAGGAGUCUAGCACAGCAAUAUCAGCCUGUCAGCCCUGCCCAGCCCUGUGGUGACCUCAGGAAAGAAUCUGAUCCUCCAGUGUGUCUCACAGCUGCGAUUUGAUAGAUUUGUUCUGACUAAGGAUUGAGCACAGAAGCCCCCCUUGAUCCUAGAUUCACAAUCUAUAAACUCUACCGGGCAGUUCCAGGCCCGGUUCCCUGUGGUCCCUGUGGACCCUGUAGGCCCUGUGACCCUCAGCCAGAGAUGGACGUUCAGAUGCUACGGCUAUCCUGUCACCAGCCCUCAGGUGUGGUCAGAACCCAGUGAACCCUUGGAAGUACUUGUUUCCGCCUCACAGCUCCAGGAUCACAGAGUGGAGAAUCUCAUCAGGAUAGCUGUGGCUGGCUUGGUCCUCCUGGUCCUUGGGAUUCUGCUGUUGGAAGCUCAGCACCGUCAGAGAAGGACCCAUCCUGCAGUCAGGAGAGCAGUUGGAGCUACCAUGAUCUUCUGUACCACAGCCCUGUUCUGUCUGGGACUAAAUCUGGGCCUCAGGACCCCUGUGCUGGCAGGAGACCCCUACAGCAAACCCAGACUGUCAGCCCUGCCCAGCUCUGUGGUGAAUUCAGGAGAGAAUGUGACCUUUCAAUGUAUCUCGUGGCAGAGAUACGACGGGUUCAUUCUGUCCAGUGAAGGAGAACAGACGUCCUCCAGGAUGCUGGACUCGCAAUAUAUUUUCACUGGGCAUUUGCAAGCCAUGUUUACUGUGGGCCCCAUGACCCCCAGCAACAGAGGGAUAUUCAGAUGUUAUGGCUACUACAAAAGAAACCCACAGAAGUGGUCAGAACCCAGCAACUCCUUGGAGAUACACAUAUCAGGAGCAUCUGAGACCAUCAACCCAUCAGAAUCCAAGACAGCUGCACAGCCCCAGGAUCACACAGUGGAGAAUCUUAUCCGGAUUGCUAUGGCUGGCUUGGUUCUCCUGGUCUUUGGGAGUCUCCUGUUUAAGACUUGGUACAGUCAGAGAAGGACCUGACAUGUAUCUGAGUCUGAGGGAUGAACAGAAGCAACCACAGCACACCUUUCUUGGUGGCGGAGUCUGGGAAAUAAACCUGAGGAAUCAAGAUUGUAAGAAAAUCUGGGGUUUAUGUUGAAAACUGUUUUCAGAGAAUGUCCAGGGAGCAAGUGUAUUUUAGAUGCAGGGAAAGAUCUGGGUGUUGGUUUGGAGAGUUCUUUCUUACCAAACUAAGGCUCCUUCCCUCCACCUUGCUGUGGACUUUUGCUGACUGGCCUCCUCUUAUUAGUCUAUGUCCUAAGGGAACAUCUUGUCUUAAAAGCCUUGUUGGAUUUUCACUUCUGUGUGUUUUCUGAUUUCCCACACUUUAAUGUAACACACUGGUGUUUGAAUAAACUCUCUCACAGGGCACUGUUGA